AUGGUCACCUUUUCACUCCCUGGCGACGGCGACGCCGCUGAUGCCGGCAGGAGCACACCUCGUCCGCGUCCUGCUCUGCCUUUCGCAAAGCGCGCCUACGUCUCGACCCCAUACAAGACCAGCCGCCUCAGUGGUACUCCCCAAUCGUCGCGGAGGCUGUUGACGACUCGCGAUGAGGUUCCAUCCAGCAGUCUGAGCAAGAGCUCGAUUGCCACCGCCCGCAACAUCUUCCGGGUCUCUGCCGUCGCCGAUACACCCCCGGUGGCGCCCUUCUCCCCCAGCCUACCUCAGAGCACCAUGAAGAAGGUGUUUGCCCCUGGCGCUACUCCCGAGCCGAGUCGGACGUUCCGAGAGUCGACCGCACAGGUUACGCCGCGGGGCAUGGCGUCAAAGGCCACGUCCAAGGAGCUGUUCACCAUGCGCAUCGAGGAUCCUGAUCCGGAGCUCUCUGGUGAGGCCCUCACCAAGAAGAUCCCCAAGGAUUGGAACUCGAAGGGAUCCAUCUACGCUGACCAGUUCCUCUCUCACCUCUGCCCUCCAGACUUUGAUGACGAGCAGCGGCGGCAAUUCUUCUGCAUCCUCGACCUUCGACGGCUCAAAUAUGCGGCGAACGAAAUCUUUUCCAAGAAGGAUUGGAAGUUGAACGUCAUCAACUUUGCAAAGGAGUUUGAAAAGAGCCGGAGUAUCAUUCUGCUGCGGUACGGUCUGUACGAGUUUCAGAACGUCAAGCCAUCCAAGGAUGUUCUCAAGAGGUGGCGUCGAGAGCAUGGUCUCCCUGAGCCUGAGGAGGAGGAUGCUGAGCCCACUCCUACCAAACCCACGGCCUCGAAGAAGCGCAAGGCCGACGAUGAUCUUUCCAAGGAUACCGUCUCGAACGGCAUCUCGACCACCAACAAACGACGCGCUCCCGAGCAGGAGGAGACACCUGUGGAGGCACCCGUUGAGGUAACUACUCCUGCGUCUGUUCUUGGCAAGAACAAGCGCAGGGUUUCAGUGAGCGACGAGGCCGAGAGCCAGCCUUCCAAGAUGCAAAAGGGCCAGGCCUCUAUGGCCAAGUCGUUGUUUGAGAAGAUCGCAAACAAGUCGUCUACGCCCGUCGGUUCCCCUCUGAAGCCCUCCACUAAGCCCGCCGAUGAGGCCGGCAGCGCCAAGCCGAACCCAUUCGCUUUCAACAAGCCCACCAGCGGCGGAUCUGCACUUGCCCGCAGUGUAUUCCAGCAGAAUCUCAAGCCAAGCAAUGCUGCGGCUGGUGGCAACAUUUUUGGUUAUCUUUCUGAUGCAAGCUCGGCCAAGAACAGUGGUGUCGACGCCGAUGCCGAGAGCGAGGCCGACUCAGAUGCUGAGGAGGACAGCCAGGCGACAGGACAGAGUGACGAGCCCAGUGCUGCUGCCAGUGGCACUGAAACUGCUUCACAGGUCGGCACUGGUCUUUUCGCCCCGCAGGCUCCUACCAGUGGUGCUGUGGCCGAUACCAGUGCCCCUGGAACUCGGGAGAGCACUCCUGGACGAAGCCUGUUCGAUCGAGUCACAAAGGGCAGCGACGGUCAGCCUGUGCGCGUAGAGGACAAGGUUGAAACUGAAGCGCCUGAGCAGCCUGCGACCAAGCCUGCUGACCAGACCUGGAAUCCCACCACCACCCCUAUCAAGUUUGCUCCAUCCGCUACCACCGGCCAGGCUGGCUCUCUCUUCGGCAAGACUGCAUCGGCGCCGACAAGCUCCCUGUUCGCUCCCAAGACCACUACCACUUCCAACAUCUUUGGUGCCCCCAAGCAGGACAAGCCUGCUGAGAAGGAGUCAACACCAGUCUCUGAACAAGCUGACAAGACGGGAGGUGAAUCUGACAAGGAGAAUGACCAGGCCCCCAAGAAGCCCUUGUUCGAGGUUAAGGCCCCGACUGCUCAGCCGAGCUUUGGAUCAUCUCUCUUCACCCCCAAGCCAGCUACUGAGACACCUAAGGAGGCUGAGCCUACCAAGCCUGCUUCCAGCUUGUUUGGAGCGAAGCUCGACGACAAGCCUAGCACUCCUUCCACAACUAACUUGUUUGGUUCUGUUAGCAAGCCCGCGGAAUCCAGUGGGCCUGUGAUGCAGUCGUCGACGCUCUUUGGUGCCAAGCCUGCCGAGGGUGACAAGUCCUCUACGGCUCCGAAGACUUCGCUCUUUGGCGGCGAGUCAACCACCCCGGCAUCAUCCCUGUUUGGCGUCAAGCCGACAGCAAAUGCCACCAACCUGUUUGAAAAUGCAUCAACUACACCUGCUGCGAAGCCCCUAUUCGGUGCUCCCAGCGCCAGUAGUGACGCAUCGACCGCGCCCAAGACUGAUGCUCCUGCUGCUGACAAGCCUGCUGCAGCCCCUAUCUUCAGCUUUGGCGCCAAGCCCAAUGGCACUUCGGAGCCUGCGAAGCCUCUUUUCGGCACACCCAAGUCGCCGGCUUCGUCUGGAGCGCCCAUGUUUGGUGGUAGUCCCAUGAAGCAGGACGCCCCGUCACCAGCCAAGAAGGCCUUCAAUGGUGGCAGCACUGGAGCGUCCGCCGCUCCCAUCUUCAGCUUUGGCAGUGCUUCGGCCACGCCUGCUGCUCCCAUCUUUGGCGGUGCUUCGGGCACCACCAACGGUGCCAACACAAGCUUCGGCGCUGCCAGCUCAACGAGCAAUUCGGGAUCCGGAGGCUUUUCUUUCCAGUCUGGAAACUCGGGAUCUUCCUUCAACAACCCUUUCGCUUCGGGUAACAAUGGAGGCAGCUCUGGUUCCGCUCCAACCUCGACAUCUGGAGGCAUGUUCAACUUUGGAAGCACUUCAGCCGCGCCGAGUGGCUCCAGCCCAUUCCAGUUUGGAAGUACAGGUGGCAGCACAGCGGCACCGACGUUUGGCGCCAACCAGAGCAGCAACAACAACGCUCCUUCUUUUGGAAGCGCAUCAGGAUCUACUGGAGCGCCGGCGUUCAGCUUCUCGGGAGCCUCCCCGGCACAGAACUCGACGCCAACCUUUGGUUCCAACCAAGCUGCUCCGGCCUUUGGCAACCUCCAACCGCCAGCUGGUGGAUCUACCACCGGGACCAACACACCGUUCAGUCUUGGGGGAGGCUCUAGCCUGGCCACAACACCAGCUGGCGGGACCCCGGAACCAUCCACCCAGGCUGAAGGAGCGGCGGCGGCCGGCGACGAGGGCGAAAAGCAUGAGCAGGUGAACCUGACGGAGGGUCUUGAGAAGGAUGAGGACGUGUUGCACGAUGUACGAGCCAAGGUGUUGAAGUUUGUGCCGGCCGGUGAGAAGUCGGAGGAGAAGAAGUCCAAGUCUCAGAGCCCGUGGUCAACGCAGGGUGUGGGAGCUCUGCGGCUACUGAAGCACAAAGAGACAAGCGCGGUGCGACUGCUCCUGCGGGCGGAGCCACGAGGACACAUUGCGCUGAACCGAGCUGUCCUACCAGACAUGUCGUACAAGGCAGACAAGAAGUAUGUCAAGAUCACGACAUCGAACGAGAAGGGCGACGGGCUCGAGACUUGGAUGAUCCAGGUCAAGACGGCAGACUUGGCCAAGGAGUUGGCGGCUGCCAUGGAAAAGCACAAGGAGUUGAACAAGAAAAAGUAA